AUGAACGAGGCUGAAGAGCGUAUUACAUACAGAGUAGAGCAACUAAACGAGUAAAACGAAGAUGAUUUAUCACCUCCAUUUGUUAUUGUAGUUUAAGGAUCGAAGGAGAGUGGCAAGACAACUCUUAUUAAAUCACUUGUACAGAAUUUCACUAAGCAAAAGAUAAAUGAUGUGAAAGGAACAAUCACUUUGAGAACAAAUAAAAAUUAGAGAAUCACCUUUUACGAGUGUCCAACUGAUAUGCAGGCAAUGAUUGACUUGGCAAAAAUCGCAGAUUUGGCAUUGCUAUUGAUUGAUGCUUCUAUUGGCUUUGAAAUGGAGACCUUUGAGUUUUUGUGUCUGCUUCACAAUCACGGUAUGCCCAAUGUGAUGGGAGUCUUGACUCAUCUUGAUUACUAUAAACUCAACAAGCAACUGAGAAAGACCAAGAAGAAGAUGAAGAAGAGAUUUUGGAAGGAAGUUUACGAUGGAGCUAAGUUAUUUUAUCUUUCAGGACUGCAGGCAGAUGGAAAUUAUCCCAGAACAGAGAUUCAUAACCUAGGCAGAUUUAUUACUAUCCAGAAAAUAAAGCCUUUAAGUUGGAGAGUGUCUCAUUCUUAUGUAGUAGCAGACAGAUUUGAUGUGAUCGAGCAGACUAAUAAUCCUGACUACAAUACUGUUUCUUUCUACGGGUAUAUUAGAGGAACUUACCUAGAUAAGAAUUUGAGGAUUCACGUAAACGGGCUAGGAGACUAUGAAAUUAAAAGUAUUUAAAAGGUAGAUGACCCUUGCCCAAUAGAACUGAAAAAGACAGUAAAGUAAAAGCAACUUGAAAUAUUAGAGGAGAAAUAAGGCGGAAAAAAGAAGAAGAGAAAUCUCAAGGACAAGGAAAGAGUACUCUAUGCUCCAUUUAGUAAUAUUGGUGCAAUGAACUUUGAAAAGACAACUGGAUAUAUAACAAUACCUGAUUAGUAUGUGGUCUAUACUAAGCUAAAAGAAGACGACGGCUAGCUUGAGGGAGCAGAUAACACUCAGCCUGGAAAUGAAGGACAAUAGUUGGUGUGGAAACUUUAGGAAAUGGAUAAAACUAUGAAUGAUAAUGAUAUUGAAGAUCCUUAAUUGAUGAGUGGAAUAAAUAUUGCAGAUGACAGUGAUGAUGAUAACUGGAAACCAAAGAAUAAAAAAGAAGCAUUAAAGAUCUAAGAGUAAGAUGAACUCAUGAAUAAGUUUGAUGAACAGAGACUCAAGGAUAAGUAGAGUCUCUAUAGAGAGCGAGAAGUCUAGAGUCUAUAAUCGAUGAUUUACAAUGAAAUUAACAAAGAAGAUGAGGACUAUCAAGAAGACACUGAGUACAUUGUCGAUACCAACAGAUAUGAAGUAAGUUAGGUAAAGUUACAAAUGUAUCUUAAUAAAGAUGUCAAAAAGCUUCUUAAGUCCAAAUUCGUUACAGGACAAAGUCAAGAGCAAAUAAUGAAAAAUCUGCUAGAUAUGAGUGAUAGCGAUGAAGAGGAAAAGGAAGAUGCCAAGAAAUUGAAACAAAUGCAUAAGAAGGGCUAAAAAAUAGAGGAUUUAGAUGAAUCUAAUAGUGAUGAUGAUUCAGAUGAUGAAGAGGAUAAAAAUGGCAAUUAGAAAAAGAAAAAGAGCCACAAAGAUGAAAAAGAGGUACAGAGAAGAGAAGAAGAAAAAAAGAAAAAAGAAGUUGAUUAGAAAAAAUUAAGCAUGUUUUUGGGUGAAAGUCAUGGUCACUAUAAGAUGGGGUGCUUUGUCAGAAUUGAACUACAAGUUUAAAAGAAUUAUUCAAGAUAGCUAGUACCUGAGUAUCCAGUUGUUCUAUGUUCCCUCAAGUAGCAAGAAUUAAGCUAUGCAUACUUAAGAGUAAAAAUAAAGAAGCACAGAUGGUACCCACAUAUUAUGAAAAAUAAAGACCCACUUAUUUUUUCAAUUGGCUGGAGAAAGUUCCAGACACUCCCAGUUUAUUGUACAGAAGAUGAGAAUGAAAGAAUGCGCAUGAUCAAAUAUACUCCUAAAUUCGGGUAUUGUUAUGCAGCUUUCUAUGGGCCAUCAUUUGCAGUAGGUACAACCUUCGUAGGAGUAUAGAAACUCCAAGAUGAUUCUGGAAAAGAUGUCGCUCAUUUCAGAAUAUGUACCACAGGUGUAGUUGUUGAACUGAACACUCAGUUCAAGAUUAUGAAAAAGUUAAAGCUGAUUGGAGAGCCAUUCAAAAUACACAAAAAUACUGCUUUCAUUAAAGGCAUGUUUAAUUCUAAGCUAGAGGUGGCUAAAUUCUAAGGUGCACAGAUUAGGACAGUCUCUGGUAUCAGAGGUUAGAUUAAAAAGGUUGUAAAGGAAAAUGCUCCAGAGGGUAGUUUCAGAGCCACUUUUGAAGAUAAAAUUCUUAAAAGUGAUAUUGUUUUCUGCAGAACCUGGUAUCAGGUAGACAUUCCAAAAUUCUGCAAUCCAGUAAUUGCCUAUGGAAAGACUAGAAUGCUGAAGACACAUGCAGAGCUAAGAAAAGAGAAAAAUCUGCCAAUUCCAUCAAAAGGCCAAGACUCUGAUUACAUCAAGCACGAUGAAGUGAUCGAUUAGGAAAGAGAUGAAAGAGUUUUCGCUCCACUUUAGGUGCCUAAAGCCAUCGAAUCGAAUCUACCUUUCAAGUCCAAAUAAAAGGUCAAGGUUGUUAACGACAAGGCUGCUGUUGACACUCGCAGAAAGACUAAUCUUUUAGAUGCCUUGAAUCUGCCAACCAAGAGACCUUUCAAAAAGAUGUUUAUGAACGAUUAAGAGAAGAAAAUUUACUCCAUGGUGCAGAGACUGGCUCAUUUAGGCAAAGAAUAUGAUAAAGACAGAAAAGAAAAGAAGGUAUAGCAUGUGGCUGCAGUCAAGAAACGCUAAGCCAAGAUUGAUGAAAAGAGAUAGGAAAAAUCUAAAGAGGUCAGGAAGGAAAGAUAUAGGAAAAGUGGCAAGAAAGGGGGAUCCAGGGGCAAAGGUGCUGAGGAUUGA